AAAUUAAUGAUCAUGAGCUCGUAUUUGAUGGACUCUAACUACAUCGAUCCGAAAUUUCCUCCAUGCGAGGAAUAUUCGCAAAACAGCUACAUCCCUGACCAUAGCCCCGAAUACUAUAGCCGUGCAAGGGACAGUGGCUAUCAGCAUCAUCACCAGGAGUUGUACCCUCCGCGGGCGAGCUACCAGGAGCGCCAAUAUAACUGUGCAAGCAUCCCCGAGCCCGACUCUCAGAGAGGGCAUGGACUACCUCAUUCGGGGCACCUGCUUGGAGGAAAGGGGCAAUCAGCCCCAUGUGAGCCCCCACAGUUACCCCUGUCUCCCGCCACCCCACCGACAGCGUCCACCGCCUGCAAUCAAGCCACCCCGGAACACCCCAACAGCACAGUCUCUGCCAAACAGCCAGUAGUGUACCCCUGGAUGAAGAAAAUUCACGUCAGCACGGUGAACUCUGGUUACAAUGGAGGUGAACCCAAGCGGUCUAGAACCGCUUACACGCGCCAGCAAGUCUUAGAAUUGGAGAAGGAAUUCCACUAUAAUCGCUACUUAACGCGGCGAAGACGUAUCGAGAUUGCGCAUUCCCUGGUUCUCUCCGAGAGGCAAAUCAAAAUUUGGUUUCAGAACCGCAGGAUGAAGUGGAAAAAAGACCAUAGGCUGCCCAACACCAAAGUCAGAUCCUCGUCUUCUACGGGCAUAUCCUCCGGGUCCAACACAGCUUCAUCAGUCGGCAUUGUAGCGGCUGCUUCGGCUACAAACACGAUGUCAGUCUCCGAGGAACUCUCCGGAUCAGAGCGUGGCGAGGAUAUCACAAGGUUAUAA